AUGAGCAGUACUGCGCUCAUCCUUCGCCCUACUCAGACGCUCGCCCGUCAGAAUAACCGCGCUCAAUCACCGGCACACAAACUUUAUCCCGGGCGGACGCUGAAUGAGUUCUACGACUCGCUUGGCUCAGUUGCAGAAAAGACGGCCAACAGGGCGGCCCACAGUUUCGGAUUGGGUCCAUUGGCUGUGGCAGGAAGGAUAACGCGGUACUUCGACACCGGAGGGGAGCAUGAACGGGAGCGCAAAAUUUAUACCCUUCACCACAGCCAGGCCUGUGUCGGAAAGCUCAAGAGGGACUGCUCCAAGCUGUUAUAUUAUGCCUCCCCGACGCACUCAGCGGACACGCAAAUGGAUGCCUUCAAUUGCAUCAUCGAUUUCACGACCCGUUACCCGGGUUUGCGUCAUUUCUUCCUGGAGUCACGGUCAAUCCGCACUCUAGUCAAGCAACCUGUCUCGCUAGAUGGGCUCCGUGCACUUUGGAAGCCGCAGUAUCAUGGUCAUGACAACGGAGACGAACUCGACUUUUUUGUGGGUUUCGCAAGCGCGUGCCUUGUCGACAGCGACAUUACAUCUCUUGUGGAGGCGAACCUAGUGGAAAAUGCUCGUGUUGAAGGUUAUCACGGUGGAUUGACGGUUGUCGAGAAAUUGCUCGUCGCUUUUGAGUUGCACACCCCUACCGAAUCAAACGCGUUCUUACCCCUUCGCUAUAUCGGCGGUAUUCUGGAACUUCCCUCCUUUUGGUUACAGUCUGGACAACUCUUCGACACAGUCCUGCGAAAGAUUGCACAUGCUAUGUCUCAAAUCUUGCGAGACCUUGACGUCGAGCAAGCCUCCGAUAAUACCACCGAACUUGUCUUUGCGGACCUUGAUGGCCUCGACAUUGUUUUGUCCGCUUUCUUAUCUGGAAUCCAUGGUUUCAUCAUUCGCUGCAACAUCCUGGGCAUCCUCCAAGACCAGGAGUGGUUCCAAGACACAUUCCAGCUCGUUUCGCUUCUCCGAUAUCCGAGAGCCGAAGCGUUCUUGCCUAGUGCAUAUGUGUGGGCAAACAGCAGUCGCUUUCAACGUUGGUUCUCGACUCCGUAUCAAGUUCGCGCGUUUGCGGCUGCGACUUUCAUUCAGACUAGUACUGAGGCGACAGAUUGUACUAUUCCUCACGCUUCAAUUGGUGCUACCACCAAUGAUGCAUCCUGUCUAUCGGAUAGGCAGGACCAGGAGACUCUGCCCACAUUGGAUUCAUUCCAUGAAUCGCCCAACUCCACAACGCCGAGAAGGAGGACAUUUCACAUCCUGCGGAUGCUCAAAUUCGUCCAACGUCUUUCGUUUCUACGUUCUAGGAGGGCAAAGGGCCACCCAAAGGAGAAAGAACCCGACAACGAGCUUGAACAAGCCCCCGAUCCCAGUCCCUUUCCCGAAGUUCCAUCGCCUCCCGUUCCAGCAUCUAACACCCCAACACAUUCACUGCCGCGACCACCAGAAAAUCAUAUCGCGCCUUCUCCUCUCUCUGUCACGGAUACGAAUCCAGUGGGGCGCUUCCAUGAAUAUACGCAGAAGACCAACCAGACGGUGGGCUGGGAAUACUCUAUCGAGAUGUCCUCGGACGAGAAGGGCGCUGUCACGACAUGGACAGUGACUUUGCUGUUGGAUGGGAAUGUGGUGGGCUCCGGAGUUGGGCGGUCGAAGAAGGCGGGCAGGAGGGCGGCAGCUGAGAAGGCGUUGGGUAUGCUCGUGGGGGAGAUGGGAGAAAGGGAAGGAGUUGCUGCAAAUAAGCUGAAUUGA